AGGAUGCUGAACCAUCACUGCAGAGGGAACCCUGAUCUCCAUGAGGAGCUGCAGAUCCAGGCUGCCGUGGCGGCGGGCGACGUCUGCACCGUCAGGAGGAUGUUGGAGCGAGGCUACUCCCCUCAGAUACGAGAUGCCAACGGCUGGACUCUGCUGCACUUCUCCGCCGCUAAAGGGAAGGAGAGAUGUGUGCGCGUGUUCCUGGAGCAUGGAGCCGACCCCACGGUGAAGGACUUCAUCGGCGGCUUCACGGCUCUCCACUACGCCGCCAUGCAUGGUCGGGCUCGCAUCGCCCGCCUCAUGCUGGAGUCGGACUUUCGUGGAGACAUCAUCAACGCUAAAAGCAACGACGGCUGGACGCCGCUUCAUGUGGCGGCUCACUACGGCCGGGACUCGUUCGUGCGCCUCCUCCUGGAGUUCAGGGCAGAGGUGGACCCGCUCAGCGACAAAGGGACCACUCCCCUGCAGCUGGCCAUCAUCCGAGAACGCUCCAGCUGCGUCCGCAUCCUGCUGGACCACAGCGCCAACAUCGACAUUCAGAACGGCUUCCUGCUGCGCUACGCCGUCAUCAAAGGAAACCACUCGUACUGUCGCAUGUUCCUGCAGAGGGGGGCCGAUACCAACCUGGGUCGGCUGGAGGACGGGCAGACGCCCCUGCACCUGUCCGCCCUGAGGGACGAUGUGCUUUGUGCCCAGAUGCUCUACACGUACGGCGCCAACACCAACACCAGAAACUACGAGGGCCAGACUCCAGUGGCAGUGUCUGUCAGCAUGUCUGGAAGCAGUCGGCCGUGUCUGGACUUCCUGCAGGAAGUCACCAGACAGCCUCGGACUCUACAGGACUUGUGUCGGAUCAAAAUCCGUCACUGCAUCGGCCUUCAGAGCCUAAAGUUCCUGGAGGAGCUUCCUGUUGCCAAAGUUAUGAAAGACUAUUUAAAGCACAAGUUUGACAGUUUGUGA